AAACCCCAUCUCAACAUUCAACACUCUCCCUCUUCAUCAAAGCAUACAAACAGAGCAACCAACAAAGAGGCAAAGCUUUUCCGACUUUUUCUCACCGCCGCCGUCGUCGUUAGAGGUUUUUGUGGACUAGAACUUCCUUCUACGGCGGCUUUUUUUUUACAAAUAAUAACAAAACUAAUAAUAUCGAUCAAUGGCUCGCUCUCUUUCUAACGCUAAGGUCUUCUUCAACCUUGUUGCUGAAAAUGUCUCCAUUGCUUCUCAAAGGCGAGGAUACGCUGCAGCGUCACAAGGGGUUGCAGGGAUAGGUGGAAGCGAGAAGAAAUUGACCAAAGAAGAGAUCGGACGGUCAGCAGAGAAGUCGUGGAUCCCGGAUCCAGUAACUGGAUACUACAGGCCGGCUAAUCGUGCGGUUGAGAUUGAUGUUGCUGAGCUCCGUGAAAUAUUCCUCAAGCAGAAGAUUACAUCUCACUAGAUUUAAUUAUUUACGACUAAACAAAUUAAAGGAAAAAAAAGAAAUGAUCAAUGAUGCCGGUUACGGUUUAGUAUGUGACCGUCGGGUGAGAUUAUCAGAUUGCGAACCAAAAAAAAGGAGAAGAAUUGUGAGCUUUCGUUGUUUGUAAUUCAUGACUAUUAUGUCCUCUGUUCUUUUGAGAGUUUGAGUGACAAUCAAGUUGUGACUUCUCAUUUCAAAAACUAGUAUUUUAUGCACGCGAUGCGUGCGUGAAUUUUAGAAAUUUUAUUGUGUCUAGUAUUUCAUGCACGUGAUGCGUGCGAAAUUUUACAAUACUGUGGGAUUAAAUUUAAACGUUAAUGUUUACAAUCAUUUGUUCCAA